AGUGAAAGCCAAGUCAAAGUGGUCAUGCCUAGGGCAUGGCAACGAGUCAACUUCGACUUCCGCUUCAUCCAUUCCUGAGUUGGCAAGGAGGAUAUGACGGCUGCUUCACUUGAGUUUAGUCUGCGAUCUCCCUCGUUUCUUCUCCCCAUUUCCACCCCAAUCUCUAACCUCUGCUUCGCCGCUCGCCGCCCCUUCAGAUCCUCGACCGCCUCCGUGAUAUUGCCGCCCCUCCGCCGGAAUCCGACCCCUCCGCCCGCCGCCGUCAUGCUCCACGAGAAUCCCGUCGUCUCCGAUGCCCUCGCCACCGCCUUGUCCGGCGGCAUCGCUCUCUCAAGUCUCCGCUUGUUCGAAGAAACAGUGAAGCGAGGCCUCUUUGACCAGAAACUUAAUAGGAAGCUUGUGCAUGUAAGCAUCGGAAUAGUUUUCAUGCUUUGCUGGCCAUUAUUCAGUUCCGGGCAUCAAGGUGCACUGUUAGCUGCUACAAUUCCAGGGCUUAACAUCGUACGCAUGCUUCUUGUGGGAUCGGGCUUUUGGAAAGAUGAGGCAACAGUGAAGUCUAUGAGCAGAUUUGGGGACCACAGGGAACUUCUUAAAGGGCCACUAUUCUAUGCUUCCACUAUUACAUUCGCUUGUGCAUAUUACUGGAGGACUUCACCAAUUGCGAUUGCAGCAAUAUGCAACCUCUGCGCAGGAGAUGGUUUUGCAGACAUUAUUGGAAGGCGGUUUGGCCGUCAUAAAAUUCCUUACAACAAUAAUAAGUCGUUCGCUGGUAGCAUUGCAAUGGUCUCUGCUGGGUUUUUAGCAUCUCUUGGGUUUAUGUCCUAUUUUUCUUCAUUUGGUUAUAUCCAAGCAAGUUGGGAGAUGGUUUCUGGUUUCUGGAUGGUCUCCCUUGCUUCUGCAUUGGUGGAAUCGCAUCCUCUGAGCUCUGAGAUUGAUGACAAUCUCACAGUUCCCUUAACUUCUAUGUUGGUGGGGAGCCUUGUUUUUUAGGUUGGGGAUUGGGAGCGUCUCGGCAAAUGUGACUUUUAUUGUAGUAGGUAACAUUCAUUGUAUCCAUUCCCAUUUGACUGGUCUAGAUGUUCAUGUUGUAUUCCAUGUAUCGUACUUCCAACUAAUAGCUUGACAGAUGUAUCAGUAAUUCGACUAUAUUACAGAAAGUGUUGUAAAUUUUGCAGCAAUCUACUUUGGUGUAAUAAAAGCUAUUUUAUUCUCU